ACACACCUCCACAGACAGCUUGGACCACGCACGCCCGUGGGCACAAACGUACUCUUUGCACAAACUACUAGCAUGCACAAGUUCCCGUCCCGUGCGCUCGCAGGUGCUGGCCCCGCUGCGCCCGCUUCUCCUUCCUCACCCCCGCUCUCCGGUCCCGGGAACCCGCGGCUGAGCAAGGAGCCGCCACCCCCAGCCCCACCCGCGGAAGGCGGGACCCACGCGCCUUUCCUGCGUCGAGUCCGCCCAGGACCGCGGGGUUCCAGAGAAGGUUUGGAGCCAAAGCGAUUCCCCGCUUCUCGGCUCAGCUGCUCGUCCCCUCCGGAGCCCGUUACCCGCCUGCCUCGCCCCUUUAUCUUCUCCCCAACCCCGCCCGGCCGACUCCGUCAGGCGCCUCCCGGUCCCGUUAUCCGGCAGCCCCGGCCCCGUUAUCCGCCCUCGCGCGGGGCCCCGAUUCCCCGGCCACAGCUCUGGGGGCCGCGGGCUGGGCAGGGCCGGAGCCGCCUCGGCGCCGCUUCCCAGGCCCGGACGGCCGCGGGAGGAGGUCCCGCUGUCAGUCAGCGAGGAAGGCCGGGCCGGGCGGCCGGAGGGGGCGGCGCCGAGGACGGGCUCGGGCCGGGAGCUGGGAGGCGGAGGCGGAGGGGGCGGAGGCGGGGGCAGCUCCGGGCCUUAUAA